UCUCCAUCUUUUACCUUUUGUUCUAUAUACAUUUUCCAUAUCUUCCCUUCCUCCUCUUUCCUUAAUUAUUUAUUUCAUUUUUUCUGCUGCAUUGUUUGAAUUUUGUUCCUGAAAAUGCCUGCUGUCGCCGCAAUCGUCCCCGGUGAUACAAAAAAGGAGUAUCCCGGAAAUCUUACUCCCUUUGUUACCGUAACAUGCAUUGUCGCUGCUAUGGGUGGCUUGAUUUUCGGUUACGAUAUUGGAAUUUCAGGUGGUGUGACGUCCAUGGACUCAUUUCUGGAGAAGUUUUUUCCGGAUGUGUACCGGAAAAAGAAUUUGAUGGCAACCCGAAACCAAUACUGUAAAUACGAUAGUCCAACUUUGACGAUGUUCACGUCGUCGUUGUACUUAGCUGCGCUGCUUGCCUCACUCGUAGCCUCGACGGUGACACGUAAGUUCGGUCGUAGGCUGUCGAUGCUCUUCGGGGGCGUUUUGUUCUGUAGUGGUGCCAUCAUUAAUGGCUUUGCUAAAGCCGUUUGGAUGCUCAUUCUUGGUCGGGUUUUGCUUGGUUUUGGUAUUGGAUUUACAAAUCAGUCAGUGCCGCUAUACUUGUCGGAAAUGGCUCCAUACAAAUUCAGGGGAGCAUUGAACAUUGGGUUUCAAUUAUCAGUGACUGUGGGGAUUCUAAUAGCCAAUGUUCUAAAUUACUUCUUCGCAAAGAUAAAGGGUGGUUGGGGAUGGAGACUGAGCUUGGGUGGAGCAAUGGUUCCGGCCUUAAUAAUCACCAUUGGAUCAUUGGUUCUUCCAGAUACCCCAAAUUCAAUGAUCGAGAGAGGCCAAAUUGAUGAAGCCAAAAAGAAACUCAGAAGAGUACGUGGAGUUGAAGAUGUUGAAGAAGAAUUUCAAGAUUUAGUUGCAGCCAGUGAAGCCUCUAAACAAGUAGAACAUCCAUGGACAAAUUUGCUACAAAGCAAAUACAGACCUCACCUCACAAUGGCUAUAUUGAUUCCUUUCUUCCAACAAUUUUCCGGCAUCAACGUCAUCAUGUUCUACGCUCCUGUAUUGUUCAACACCAUCGGUUUCAAAUCCGACGCGUCCUUAAUGUCUGCUGUAAUCACUGGCUCUGUUAAUGUCGCUGCCACAAUCGUUUCGAUUUACGGCGUCGACAAAUGGGGUCGAAGAUUCCUUUUCAUUGAAGGUGGCAUUCAAAUGCUUAUUUGUCAGGCGGUUGUAACUGCGGCAAUUGGAGCUAAAUUUGGAGUGAGUGGAAUAGCGGAGAAUUUGCCCCAGUGGUAUGCAGUUGUGGUGGUGCUAUUCAUAUGUAUCUAUGUAGCUGGUUUCGCGUGGUCAUGGGGACCUUUGGGAUGGUUGGUUCCAAGUGAGAUAUUUCCUUUGGAAAUUCGUUCGGCUGCUCAAAGUAUCAAUGUAUCUGUAAACAUGAUCUUCACAUUUGCAAUAGCGCAAGUGUUCUUGAUGAUGUUAUGCCACAUGAAGUUCGGACUGUUCAUUUUCUUUGCGUUUUGGGUGUGUGUGAUGACCACAUUCAUCUACUUCUUCUUGCCAGAAACAAAAGGAAUUCCAAUAGAAGAAAUGAGUAAAGUGUGGAAGACACAUUGGUAUUGGUCAAGAUUCGUGACCGAUAACAACUUCCAAAUUGGAGCCUUGGAGAUGGGGAAAGGAGGAGGAGGAGGAGGAGGAGAUCAAAUCAUUAAGACAGUUUAAUUAAAUUUCUCUUCUUCCUUUUUUGUUUUUUUGGUGGGAAAUGCUUUAAAUUUAGUGUAAUUUAAUUUAGACUAUAGGGUUAUUGACGUUGACAUAAGUUUGGUUAUAUAUAUUUUUUUGUGUUUGAAAAGUUGUAGAAGUUAUGUAUACCUCUCAUUCUCUUAUUGGUAUAUAGUGAGAAGAGAAUAUAUUGAUAUUCUACAAUAAUAAUAAAAAAAAGAAUUAUUUACUUCCA